AGAAUCCCUAUUCCCAACCAGUUUUGUUAAUUUAUCUGAACCCCACACGUUUCUUUCACAUCACAAGAGAAAAAUUAUCUGCUACUCCAAAAGUUCCAAACUCCGCAAACCGCUCCCCAAGUCUUCAACCAAUGGGAGAUAAACAACCCCACCUGAACGGAGCCUACUACGGCCCCUCCAUCCCGCCGCCCUCCAAAACCUAUCACCGCCCUGGCCGCGGAGGAGGCGGCUGCUGUUGCAACCCCUUCAGCUGCUGCUGCAGCUGCAUCGCCAACUGCAUCUGCACCUGCAUAUGCCAGAUCCUCAUCACCAUUCUCGUUAUCGUCGGAAUCAUCGUCUUCGUCUGCUGGUUGAUUUUCCGCCCCAACACCGUCAAAUUCUACGCCACCGACGCAUCGCUCACCCAGUUCAACCUUGCCAACAACACGCUUCACUUCAACCUGGCGCUGAACCUGACGAUUCGAAAUCCGAAUCGGCGCAUAGGAAUCUACUACGACAAGAUCGAGGCUAGGGCUUUCUACCAGGGUCAGAGAUUCUCCAGCGUCGAUUUGCAGCCGUUCUAUCAGGGGAAAAAGAGUACAGACUACCUGAACGCACAGUUCAGAGGGCAGAAUAUCGUGUUGCUCGGAAACAAAGAGAUGUCUAACUACAACGACGAUAGGACUUCCGGCAUGUACGACAUCGACGUGAAGCUCUAUAUGCGAAUUAGAUUGAAGUUUUGGUUUGUGAAAUCAACGAAAGUGAAGCCCAAGAUUGACUGCGAUUUGAAAAUUCCGUUGAGUUCGAACGGCACAACCUCAGGGGUUUACGAAUCCAAGAGGUGCGAUUUUGAUUGGCGCUGAUUUCUCGGGUCCACUAUAGAUGAUUGCACUUAUAUCUUUUACUGCUUUUAUCUUCAUUCUUUUAUCCAUGUGUUGUUGCUAUUAUUCUUUUGUUAUCAGUCUCCUGAUAUACGUUCAUCUCCUCCUAUCACUUGAUUCUUGAUGCAGUACAUACGUAGUUCCGGAAUGAUAUGUUCCUCCGAUCAUAUUCUUCCUCUGUGGCUUCUUUGUAAAUAAAUAAUGAGUUGAAUACUGCUUCAGUUUGCGUGAA